UCUCUUGUCCACCAUCCUAUGUGGUGCUGGAUUUGCUCCUCGCCAUGUCUUCUCACAAGACUUUCAGGAUCAAGCGAUUCCUGGCCAAGAAACAAAAGCAGAAUCGCCCCAUUCCUCAAUGGAUUCGAAUGAAAACUGGUAAUAAAAUCAGGUACAACUCUAAGAGAAGACAUUGGAGAAGAACCAAGCUGGGUCUAUAACAAGCCUCACAUAUGAAGUGUCACACAUGAUCAAAACACCAAUAGUGUCUGGAACGUCUGCCUGCGUUUUAUGCUCUCCUCUUUUUUUGAUCUUUCCUCAUCACUGCCCACUGUGUAGCUCAGUAAUAAACACGUGAACCUUU